CUUCUCUUCCGCCGAAACCAUGGCUUCCACCACUGAAAUUUCUUCCUCCUCCAUGGAUGCCUUCACUGCUGCUUCUACCUCCUCGACUAUGGCGCCGGUUUCUGCCCCUUUUACCGACGCAGCCGUGGUCCUCACUAGCGCCUCUGUCUCCUUGACCGAGCCGCCGCCAGUGAUUUCUUCUCAACCGGGAUCAUCUUUGCACACUGCCGGUUCCCCUAUUGUUACGGAUGGUCCGUACUCUCUGUUUCACACCAUCCCUUCGGUACUCCCAUGGCAGCCACCGGUCAUUCCUGCUGCCGGCAGUCUCUUCUCAACUCCGGUACCGUCUACCGCGCAACCGCUACACCCCACCCCUGGCAGUUUUGGUUCAACAUUUUUCGGUGCUCCUGGGAUAUCUCGGCCGCAUGAUCCCUCCCUAUUUCAGUCUCCGAUGGCAGUGGUUUCUCAAUCCAUCUCACCGGCCAACAACGUUACUCAAAUUGUUACUAUUAAGCUUAAAGAUGUGGAAGAUUACAUCACCUGGCGCACUCAAUUCGAAGCUUUCCUCGUCUCUCAAGGUGUGUUUGGUUUCUUGGAUGGUUCCACAAAGGUACCUCCGAUGUACACGAUUGACUUUAAUAAUCAUCAAAUAAUUAAUACGGAGUAUCAUCACUGGUUAAGGGUUGAUCAAACAAUUCGUUCUUGGAUUUUUGCUACUCUUACUCGUGAUGUAUUAAUUGAUGUCCAUGAACUUAAACACUCCUUUGAGAUUUGGGAAAGAUUGCAAAAUCGUUUUCGUUCUGCUAGUCUGGCUAGAGCAAUGACACUUAGGCGUUUAUUGUCUAAUGUGAAAAAGAAGGAAAAUCAGUCUAUGGAAAAUUAUUUAAGAGAAAUUCAUGCAUUAGUAAGCGAAUUAGCUACAAUAAAUUCUCCUGUGUCCGAUAAAGAAGUUCUUCAAACCACACUUAUGGGGCUCGGACCAGAAUAUGAAUCCACCAUGGGCACUAUUUCUCUUUUUCCCGAUAAUUUCCCGCCAGACAUUCUUCACCGGAGCUUGUUAGAAGCCGAACAGAGGGUCCUAUAUCUUCGUCAGCAAAAUACUCCGCCUGCUUACCAAGCUUUCGGUGUCCAAGAUCGAGACAGAGCCCCACAUGGAGGCCGCGGUGGCCGCGGCAGGGGUGGCCGUGGAAGAAACGGCCGCGGCAGAGGCCGUGGUUACCACCAGUACGGCCAGCAACCGAGCCACGGGCAGCAGCAGUCAGCUCCGCAGCAGGGCCAGCAACCGGGACAGCACCAUCAGCAGGGGUUCGGCCAGCAACAACUGAGACCUCCGAAUGCAGGUGCCAUGAGUAAUUCUGUUUUGUCCACCUUAAAUACUAAUGCUAUAUUAUAUUGUGGUACUAAUGUUAAAUCUGCAGGCUCUUCAUCAACUGGGGGAAUUCUUGGGGCAAUUCCCCCACCCGUUGUGUGUCAAAUCUGUUUUUCUGCAGGCCAUUCUGCAAUCAACUGUCCCUCUCGUUUUUCUCCAUCUACUGCACCUGUUCUUCUCACCGGUCAAGCUAAUGAAGCUCUGUGGUAUCCAGACACUGGUGCUUCUGCUCAUAUGACUUCCUCUGAAGGACAAAAUUUCGGGGGCGGUUCUUCUUCGGGCAACAACUAAUGGCCAUCUCUAUCCUCUCAGCCUGAGUCCACCAUCUAGCCUAGCUUUAUCUUCAGUCCUCACCACCGGCCCUGUGUGGCAUCGUAGAUUAGGUCAUUGUGGUGAAAAUAUUUUACGUAUUUUAAGUGGUCAAAAACGCAUAUGUAAUAGCUCUAGUUUUUCCCAUGACUGUAUUUCUUGCCGGUUAGGCAAGUCUCAACGAUUACCCUUUUCAGAUGCUAUUCACACUUCUUCCUCU